AUGUCUAAAGAUCAGCAGCAGUUCACCGUUCCUGAUGCCGUCCAGGUAGUGGAUGGUCCGGGGUGUGAGCAGUUCAGUUAUAGCCGUUUGAUACUCGCCCUCGUGGGAGUCCCCAUUGUGGUAGCGCGUCUCCUUGGCGGAGGACUGUGGAUAACUUCCGGACUUGUUUGCGCUCUCUUCGUCCCAGCUUUGGUUUUAUUUUGGACUAUCACCUCAAGAGUUCCAAUUGACCGCGAAGGGCUUGAUGCGGACAAGCAACCAAUUGAAAACUACUUAGACUUCAAACUCGACUGCGACCGCGAAAGGUACCGGGGCGAUCAGAAGAUUCCAAUGACUCAAUUUACUGAAAAGUACUUUGAUAAAAUGGUGGACUUCAAAAUGGAUUGCCAUGAAGCUCUUGAGCGGCGAUACGACUGGGCAACUUUCGCUUUCACCCCCGAACUCUUCAAGUUCUUCCUCUUCAAAAUGGUUCCCGAUGUUUUGUUACACACAAAAAGCCGUGAUCGGAAACAGACUCACGAAGUAUAUGAUCGUGGCAAUGACUUUUAUCACUUUAGCCUCGGCGAUUCGAUGACAUUUUCGUCCGGAAUCAUCUCCGAUCCACACAGAGCUGAGUCAAUUGAAGAGAUGCAGAGGAAUAAAAUGACAGUCGUAUGCCAAAAACUCGGAUUAUGUGAAGGGGAAACCGUUCUAGAUAUGGGAUGCGGCUGGGGAACUUUCAGUACAUUCGCAAGCGUGGAACACAAAGCUAGAGUCACCGGCGUGACCUUGAGUCACAAUGGUGCCUCUGCCGCCUCAGAGCGCCUUGAAAAGCAUGGCAUAUCCUCAGAUCAAAGCCAGAUUCACUGUAUCGAUUAUCGCGACAUCCCUACAUCGCCUCGUUUUGAUAAGAUUGUUUGUCUUGAAAUGGCAGAACACGUGGGUAUUCGCAAGCUACCUGCAUUCCUAAAACAGAUGUACAAUCUUCUAGAAGACCAAGGGGUAUUUUUCUUGCAAAUCGGCGGUCUGCGCAAACGCUGGCAGUUUGAAGAUUUGGUUUGGGGUCUUUUCAUGAACAAAUACAUCUUCCCUGGCGCGGACGCGUCGGUCCCACUUGGCAUGUAUAUCAGCCUCGUGGAGAAUGCUGGGUUUGAAGUCAAAAGUGUUGAUACGAUAGGCAUCCACUACGCAGCAACAAUUUGGCGCUGGUAUGAUAUUUGGAAGGGCAAUGAGGCUGAGGUUACAGCUAAGUAUGGCGCGAGAUGGUACCGCAUUUGGUUGUACUUUUUGUCUUCUGCAACUAUCCAGGCUCGCAACGGUGGUGCAACAGCAUAUCAAAUCACUUUAGUAAAGAGCAGAAAUCGAACGGAAAGGGUCUUGGGAGUUAAGAAUCAGCUUGGAGUUCGAACUAACCAGGCUUGA